CGAUAAGAAAUAAGAUAAGCUAAGCUCUAUGAAGCCCCAUAAAUUAUAGCAAUUGAACAUGGGUCGAUUGAGAGUUUACUUCUCGUUUAAGUUUCUAGAUCUUUGCGAUAAAUUAUUUGCUCACAGUUCUUCCCUUUCCAUACCUUGGCACAGUUUACAGCUUCUCAUUUCGACUAUCAAAAUAGAUCUUCUGUAUAUCAAGGGGAUAAAUCGCGAAUAUCAAAUACAAUUCUAGACAAAAUGACAUAUAAAAAUGUUUCAAAGUGGGACUUGAAACUACGCGCUUCUAGAAGAUUAUCAUGCGUAUACCUAUCGUAGAAAUGCUAGGCUUACUAUGACGUUAGCAGGGAUGAAGCUUCACUGGAGCUGGAACUGGAGCUUUCAAUUCCGAGGGGCUCUAGGGCUAUUUUGCGGGGCUAUAUUAGAGUUAUGGCAGUUCUUAUAGGGCGGGGACUUAGGCUUUCUUAGGCUUGUUAGGUAAGCUAUUACCAUUAUAUCGGGUAACUGUCAGCGUCUCUUUCCGCUGCGACGAUCCGCAUCAGGACCCUGCAGAAUGCGGUCUUCCUUGCUCCGAUUUUGAUUUAUUCCAUUUUAUUUCAAUCCUCUAUUCCCAUCUUUUAUCGAGUCAAACUCAUAUCUUCAUUCCUUUUCCCCAUGAACAAUUCUUGACCUUUCCUAUAUAGAGCUACAGCAAGCUUGCCUGCCGCAUCGAUGAUGAAUUCAAUAGGCGCAAGCUUGCUGCUAGCAAGCCUGUGCUCGACUCUCACGUUGGCUUCCGGAGCUCAACCAUACGGCCAACAACAAUUACCGUUAAACGAUGACUUCGACUACCAAGAAGCAUGUCCCGAUUAUACUCAAUAUUCGGCCUAUCCCCAUCGACCUCUAAGCGAAGGUCCUCUGUCUCUACCCUUCCAAAGGCCCGAUCCGCGAUGUCGAACUUUUCAUUCCGACGCCAUAGAACAAGUCAUACAGGAUGUGACUUCCCGUAUGAAAGAUCCAGAUCUAGCCCGUCUAUUCGAAAAUGCAUUCCCUUCUACAACAGAUACCACCAUCAAAUUCCACACCACCGGGACCAAGGCCAAGAAAAAGUCGAAACGAAAUUCAUACGAUGAAGGGAAAUGGGAGGGGCCGCACUCGUUCGUCAUUACGGGAGAUAUCAUUGCCGAAUGGCUUAGAGAUUCGACCAACCAACUUUCCCCAUACCAACCUCUAGCCAAGAAAGAUCCGGCUAUAUACAAUUUAAUAUUGGGCGCUAUCAAUACUCAAUCCGAAUAUGUCAUCGAAUCCCCAUAUUGCAACGCUUUUCAGCCUCCGCCCAUCAGUGGGUUACCUGUGUCUCAUAACGGCCAAGACGAUGUAGUCCAUCCCAUGUACGAGCCGACAUUCGUCUUCGAGUGCAAAUACGAACUUGAUUCGCUUGCGCAUUUCCUCGCUUUAGCAAACGAUUUUAACGAUCAUACGGGAUCCAAAGAGUUCAUGACACCGCGUUGGUAUUUGGCAUUGGAAACAUUGUUAAAUGUUCUUGAACAACAAUCAAUGUCAACAUUUGACCCAGAAACAGGUCGUUAUCGGCGAAACGAGUAUACUUUCAAUCGGAACACGAACACAGGGACAGAGACUUUGAACCUAAGGGGCGUAGGAAACCCUCUGAACAAUGGAACCGGACUUAUACGAUCUGCCUUCCGACCAAGCGAUGAUGCUACAAUAUUAGGUUUCUUCAUUCCAGCAAAUGCUAUGAUCGCUGUGGAACUGAAGAGAACCGCCAACAUUCUUAAAGACGCUGGUAAAACAGUUUUAGCCCAGACAGUCGAUUCAUGGAGCCAAACCAUUUCCGAUGGUAUUUGGGAGCAUGGUGUCGUUCGUCAUAGCAAAUUCGGCAACGUUUUCGCAUACGAAGUAGAUGGGUAUGGGUCGUCCAUCCUAAUGGACGAUGCCAAUUAUCCGUCCCUCUUGGCUCUUCCACUCAUGGGUUUUCUUGAUGCGAAUGAUAGGAUUUACAAGAAUACACGGCGUAUGUUGCUUGCCAAAGGGUCGAAUCCUUACUAUCUUACAGGAAGAGAGUUCCAGGGUAUUGGAGGACCUCAUGUUGGAUUAUCAAAUGCGUGGCCCAUGAGUCUUCUCGUUCAGGCUCAGACAUCCGAUAACGAUGAAGAGAUCGCUGAGUGUCUGAAGUUGGUGCUUAAGUCAAGUAAACUUGGCCUAAUACACGAAAGUGUUGAUGUUAACAUAAUUCAUUCUUAUACAAGGAGCUGGUUUGCUUGGGCGAAUGGUGUCUUCGCGGAAACGAUACUUGAUAUAGCUAAAAGGAAACCACAUUUGAUUUUUAAAGAACCCGCAGCGCCUUAUGAAAUAUGAUUUUAUGAAUUAGUAGACUGGGAGGAAUAGGAAUGCUGGGUCGAAUUUAUUUAUACCGGCUUGUAUAUAUUUAGGUAUAUGAGCACCAAGUUUGACUAUCCUCCAGUCGAAUAACUUGGUCAAGUAGAUAUUAUCAAUGGGAAGACAAGAAUAUAAAAAUAAAUUCAUUUA